GAGGCGGGACUUACCCGGAUAACACUGGGGGACUAAAUAAAGAUGGCGGUACACGUUUAGAUUUGCUUGAAUUACGCGGUUAUAAGGCAGAAAUUAAUAAUAAUCUCUUGUUUUUAUUAUAUAUUUGCAAAUCACAAAAGAAAAAAAACGAGAAUGUUCCACUUUUUGCGCUGUAGUCGAUUUGCACAAACCUCAGAUCGGGUGUUUCUGAGAUAUAAUAAUGGGACUAAAUCAAGGGACCUACUACUGUAUUCCAGCCGAUAUGGACAGCUUGCGAGACCACGGACCACUCCUCAAUCACCAGCCCAGCACUCCAACACCAGCACGGUCAUCCGGAUGUGGACCCAGGCUCAGAAAGCCCUCCGGCGUCGCCUCGAGUCUCCCCGAGCGGUUUUGACGUUCGUGGUCGGACCGGCCGCUCUGACGCUCAUGGCGAGGUUGUUCGGGACCGUGGCUCACUGCAGCACCGAUUUCAACAACAACCACGGAGAGAAAAUGCGCGCUAAAGAGGAGAUCCCGGAAUUCAGCUGGGCGCUGCUUUGGGAAUUCAUCCGGCCGCAGAUCCUCGCGUUAAUCGGGGCCAUCGUGCUUGCGUUCGGAGCAGCGGCCCUGAACAUCCAGAUCCCACUGAUGCUCGGCAGUCUGGUGAACAUCAUCGCCCAGUACACCAGGGAACACGUCGGAAAUUACAUGAGGGACAUUCGCGCACCUGCGCUCAAGCUGCUCGGCCUCUACGGCCUCCAGGGUCUGCUGACCACUGGUUACAUCAUCCUCCUGUCCCGGGUUGGAGAGAGUGUAGCAGCCGAGAUGAGGAAAUCGCUCUUUGCGUCAUUGUUAAGACAGGAUGUCGCCUUCUUCGAUGCCAACAAGACGGGGCAGCUGGUGAACCGCCUCACUGCUGACAUUCAGGAGUUCAAGUCUUCUUUUAAGCUGGUUAUUUCUCAGGGUUUACGGAGCUUCACGCAGACGGUCGGCUGCGUCGUGUCGCUGUACGUAAUCUCGCCGAAGAUGACGGGCCUGAUGGUGGUGGUGCUGCCGUGUCUCGUCGGUGCCGGCGGCCUGAUCGGCUCCUUCCUGCGCAAGCUUUCCCGGAAAGCUCAGGAGCAGGUAUCUAAAGCAACAGGAGUCGCCGACGAGGCUCUGGGGAACGUUCGAACUGUGAGGGCCUUCGCCAUGGAGGAGAGAGAACUGGAGACGUACGCCAGAGAGGUGGAGAAAUCGGCCACGUUGAACGAAGCCUUAGGACGAGGAAUUGCAGUGUUUCAGGGACUUUCGAACAUUGUACUAAACUGUUUGGUUCUGGGCACUAUUUUCACCGGCGGAUCCCUAAUGGCGCAAAACGACAUGACCCCGGGUGACCUCAUGUCCUUUCUGGUCGCCUCGCAAACAGUUCAAAGAUCCCUGGCCAGCAUCUCCGUCCUGUUCGGGCAGAUGGUGAGAGGGACGAGCGCAGGAGCCCGUGUCUUCGAGUACAUGACCUCGGAGCCUACCAUUUCCCUGACAGGCGGGGGACGGAUUCCACAUGAGUCACUGACAGGACGAGUCGACUUUCUGAACGUCAACUUCAGUUACCCGACGAGACCUGGAAACCAGAUCCUGAAGAACUUCAACCUGACCCUACCUCCAUGUAAAACGGUGGCUAUAGUUGGAGAAUCGGGUGGAGGUAAAUCCACGGUGGCGGCACUACUUGAGCGCUUCUACGACCCGAGCGGCGGAGUGGUAAUGCUGGACGGUGUGGACAUCAGGACGCUGGACCCGUCCUGGCUCAGGGGUCAUGUGAUCGGGUUCAUCAGUCAGGAGCCGGUCCUGUUCGGAACCUCUGUGAAGGAGAACAUACGCUUCGGUAAGCCAGGAGCCACGGACGCUGAAGUGAUCGCCGCAGCCAAGCAGGCCAACGCCCACACCUUCAUCACCAACUUCUCGGACGGCUACGACACCGUAGUGGGUGAGCGAGGUGCGACCCUGUCGGGCGGGCAGAAGCAGAGGAUCGCCAUCGCUCGUGCUCUGGUGAAGAACCCCAGCGUGCUGAUUCUGGACGAGGCCACGAGCGCGUUGGACGCCGAGUCGGAACGCGUGGUCCAGGAGGCGCUGGACCGGGCCACCGAGGGACGCACCGUGCUCAUCAUCGCACAUCGUCUCAGCACCAUCCAGGGGACGGAUCUUAUCUGCGUCAUGAGCGGCGGCAGAGUGGUGGAGGCUGGAACUCACCUGGAGUUGCUACGCAGAGGAGGUCUGUAUGCCGCACUGAUCCAAAGACAGCAAACUAACGACCAGAAGUGAAGCCCCGAGCCGAGGAUUUUUAUCCUCGCGCUUUUAUAUUUCCAGAUGUUCCCCCAUGUUUGUUUGGACGAGUUACUACAGGAACUUUUUGUUUUACCAGAUGUUUAAAAAAAACCCGUCAAUUUCCAUAUGGUUCGUAUGUAUAUAGUUAAUUUUAAACGAAGCCUUUCAAUGUACAAAAUGUAAACAAAUAUAUAAACAAUAAAUAAACAUGUAGUUCUACACUGGAACAGAGAUCAGCA